AUCUUGUGUUGCUUCAAAGUGAUAGAGUUCUGUUAGUAUUUUGAUAAACUGUUGAAGGCUGCAAUGUACACCUUGUCCUAUAUUGAGUACCAGAUCAUUAGUAUUGCAAUACCAGUAGCUCUGGCUCUAGUCUCAUGUAUAGCAGUGGUUGUUGGAGGAAUCAAACUAGGACUGGAUAAAGUGGUGAGGAAAGUCUUCCCUUAUGUCAAGAAGAAAGAAGAAGCAGUACUACUAGUAGUUUUCUAUGCUACAUAUAUAUUCUUUUCCUCCUUCACCGAUAUUUCUUACAAGUAUGAUCCUUUUGAUCCAUUUGAUUGCUUCUUUUACAGCAACUGGUCACUGGUACAAGCCACACCAGAAGAAGCACUGAUACUAGAGGAGAAUGUGCUCUGUUUUACAGUGAACUUGAAUAUUGGGAGAGCAAUGGGUCAAGCUACUGGAACUCUGGCAUUUUCAUGGAUAUUUUCAUCCGUCAUUAUAUGGAUAUCAAUUGAGUUGAAAAAGAAGAGGAUGAAAGCCACUGAAGAGAGGAACAACAAGCGCUGUUACAGUUGUUGCCUAUUGCUGAUAGUCUGUUAUAUUCCUGCUUGUCUACUCAGCAUGGGUUUGAUAGCCAUUGGUAUUAUUGCUGUUAUUCAUAAGUUUACUACUCUAGUUAGUUCUAUUGAGAUCAUUACAUGUGGAUCAAUAUUGGGACUUCAAAUAAAAUUUCUUAUAAUAUCUGAUGUGGUACUAUGCAUUAAUAAUCUUAAACAACAAAGACAAAGGAGAGCUACAGAUGAUAAGAAGAAACCACUUCUUCCUACUAGAUCAUCUACUGUAAAUACAACACCUACUGAUGUACUUGUGCAUACGUGACAAACAAUAGACAUGGUGCUCAUUAUUUUGUUAUUAAAGCUAUACAUGUAUAUAUUAUGCUUCUCCUUUCUCUAUUAUGAUUUCUCAUUGUCUGGUGUGCUAUGUAUUGAGUGCUUGUUUUUUGAGGAAUUUUUACAAUUUGCUAAAAUUUCCUUUUUAACACAAACCAUGAUAUCCUUGUAUGUAUUUUUAUAAGUA